GGAUAUUCGAAAAUAAACUUUUAUUCGCGAACGAACGAAAACUAUACCUACGUGCAAGUAAGUUUCGUACCCUCUAUAAAGCCCUCAUCAGGUCUCUUGAGAGCGUGCGUCAUCGAUUCACACAACUCGUAGAUAUAUCAAGUAAAAAGAAGAAAGAGAGAAUGGAGUACAAUAAUCAAAGAAAUAUGUUAAAGGUGGUGUUGUUGAUGAUGAUAAUGAUGUUGGGGUCUCAGUCCGAGGCUCAGCUGAACAGUGACUUUUACAAGGAAAGCUGUCCCUCACUGUUCCAUGUGGUGAGACGGGUGGUGCACCGGGCAGUGGCUAGAGAGCCACGCAUGGGUGCUUCGCUCCUCCGUUUGUUCUUCCAUGAUUGUUUUGUCAAUGGCUGUGACGGAUCCUUACUGUUGGACGACACACCAUCUUUUUUGGGAGAGAAAACCGCAGGACCUAGCAAUAACUCUGUGAGGGGAUACGAAGUAAUCGACAAAAUCAAGUUUAAGGUUGAGAAAAUUUGCCCUGGCAUUGUCUCAUGCGCAGACAUUCUCGCCAUCACCGCUCGUGACUCUGUUCUCCUCUUGGGUGGCCCUGGCUGGAGUGUAAAACUUGGGAGAAGAGACUCUACGACGGCGAACUUUGCGGCCGCUAACUCUGGUGUCAUCCCUUCUCCCGCCAGUACCCUCAACAAUCUCAUAAACCGUUUUAGAGCCCAAGGUUUGUCCACACGUGACAUGGUCGUCCUCUCUGGUGCUCAUACGAUUGGAAAAGCCAAGUGUGUCACAUUCAGAAACCGUAUCUACAACGAAAGUAACAUCAACCCGUCUUUCGCCAUGUCAAGAAGGAAGAGCUGCCCGGCCGCCAAUGGCUCCGGAGACAACAAGGUAGCCAAUCUUGACGUCCGCUCUCCCGAAAUGUUCGACCACAGUUACUACAAGCAACUUCUCGGCAACAAGGGUUUGCUUACGUCAGACCAGGUGCUCUUUAACAAUGGUCCCACCGACUCGCUUGUGGUAGCAUACAGCCACAGUCUCAGAGCCUUCCACCGCGACUUCGCAAGGGCCAUGGUUAAAAUGGGUGACAUCAGCCCCCUCACUGGAUCCAAUGGUCAGAUUCGCCACAACUGUCGUAGGCCCAAUUAGAUCCCUACUAUAUGAAGCCCAAUAAUCACCUCUUCUUCGUCAAGUAUUUUUAUUUAUAACGUGUAUCUUCUUCGUCAACUGUUUAAAUAUACAUCAACAUUAUAAAACCAUAUAUUAAGGCAAUACAUAGAGCUAGCAGAAUAAAAAAGUUUGUGGCUAUGCAGUUUUCAUA